AUGAUGUCCAUGAGCAAUACAUCCACAACAAUGUUCCGUCGCGCUCUGCUAAGCAGCCGCCUGGCUACUCCAGUCGAAUGCUCCGCCCGAACAAUCAGACCGACCUUCGCAUCCUACCGACAGGUCUCUAGCUCAGCACGACUCCCGACUCUCACAGCCUCAGAAACCCGUCGCCGGCCAACAGUGCGACCAUUCCAGCAACCUGCCUCACAGGGAGGUGUGAACGGUCUCUCGCCAACAAGCAAGCGCACUAUCUUCAUCCAGACCGAAAACACUCCCAACCCCGAUGCCCUCAAGUUCAUUCCCAACCACCGCGUUCUUCCAGAAGGCUUCCCCAGCACAUUCCUGGAAUACCUCACUCCGCGCUCAACUCUCGCCCCGCCACACCCAUCUCCACUCGCAGCCAAACUACACGACGUCGAGGGUGUCACGUCAGUAUUCUACGGCACAGACUUCAUCACCGUGACGAAAGGUAGCGACGCGCAGUGGGCGCACAUCAAGCCGGAGGUGUUCAGCAUUAUCACGCAAGCUGUGACAUCCGGCGAGACGAUCGUGACGACGAUUGAGGGCGCCACCGAGGCCGACCAGGAGAGCGGCGAGGAUUCGCUCUCCUACAAUGAAGACGACGAUGAGGUUGUCAGUAUGAUCAAGGAGCUUCUCGAGACGAGAAUCCGUCCUGCUAUCCAGGAGGAUGGUGGCGAUAUCGAGUUGAAGGGAUUUGAGAAUGGUAUCGUUAUGCUUAAGUUGCGUGGUGCUUGCCGCACUUGCGACUCUAGCACUGUUACGCUAAAGAACGGUAUUGAGUCUAUGCUGAUGCAUUAUAUUGAGGAGGUUCAAGGUGUUGAGCAGGUUAUGGAUGAGGAGGAGAUUAUUUCUAUGCAUGAAUUCUCCAAGUUCGAGGAGAAGCUGCGCCAGCAGAAGGGUGCUGCUGCUACUGCUAGCGCGCCCUUGGAUACUGCACCAUGA